UCCAAGCAGGAUUCUAAUAUGGAUUUAGGGCUCAAGGAGUAUGAUAACAAGACCCUGGCCACAGAGAACAGCACUGGUACCACUCGGAAUUCUGAUUUCCCAGUCUGGGAAGACUAUAGAAGCAGUGUCGAUGACUUCCAGUACUUUCUCAUUGGACUCUAUACAUUUGUAAGUCUCCUUGGCUUUUUGGGAAACCUACUGAUUUUAAUGGCUGUCAUGAAAAAGCGUAGCCAGAAGACUACUGUCAACUUUCUCAUAGGAAACUUAGCCUUCUCUGAUAUCUUGGUUGUGUUAUUUUGCUCGCCUUUCACGCUGACCUCUGUGUUGCUAGAUCAGUGGAUAUUUGGCAAAGUCAUGUGCCACGUGAUGCCUUUCCUCCAGUGUGUGUCGGUUCUGGUUUCAACUUUAAUUUUAAUAUCAAUUGCCAUCGUCAGGUAUCACAUGAUCAAACAUCCUAUCUCUAAUAAUCUGACAGCGAACCAUGGCUACUUCCUGAUCGCUACCGUGUGGACACUCGGUUUCGCGUUUUGCUCCCCUCUUCCAGUGUUUCACAGUCUUGUGGAACUUCGGGAGGCGUUUGGUUCAGCGUUGCUGAGCAGCAAGUAUUUGUGUGUCGAGUCGUGGCCAUCUGAUUCCUACAGAAUCGCUUUCACCAUCUCGUUAUUGCUCGUUCAGUACAUUCUGCCUUUGGUUUGUCUCACUGUAAGUCAUACCAGUGUCUGCAGGAGUGUAAGUUGUGGGCUGUCCAAUAAAGAAAACAGACUGGAAGAAAACGAGAUGAUCAACUUCACGCUUCAUCCAUCCAAAAAGAGUGGGAAUCAGGCAAAACUCUCUGGCAGCCGUAAGUGGAGUUAUUCCUUCAUCAGAAAACACAGGAGACGAUACAGCAAGAAGACAGCCUGUGUGUUGCCUGCCCCAGCAAGACCGUCCCUAGAGAACCAUUCACAGGCACUUCCAGAAAACUCGGCUUCUGCAAGAAGCCAGCUUUCUUCGUCCAGCAAGUUCAUACCCGGGGUCCCCACCUGCUUCGAAAUGAAACCUGAAGAGAGCUCUGAUGUUCACGAAACGAGAGUGAAGCGCUCCGUGACAAGAAUCCAAAAGAGGUCUCGGAGUGUCUUCUACCGUCUGACCAUACUGAUCCUCGUGUUUGCUGUGAGCUGGAUACCUCUGCACCUGUUCCACGUGGUCACCGAUUUCAACGACAACCUCAUUUCAAACAGACAUUUCAAGUUGGUGUAUUGUGUUUGUCAUUUGCUUGGCAUGAUGUCCUGUUGUCUUAAUCCAAUUCUCUAUGGAUUUCUGAAUAAUGGGAUCAAAACCGACCUGAUGUCUCUCAUUCAUUGUCUUCGUAUGUCGUAAUUCUGUUCAUGAGGCUAAAAAAAAAAACAUUGAAAACAUCGCGCAUAUAUCUCCACGCGAGUGAUGUCUGCAUAAUAAGUAGAACUAUUGUUGACACAUAGAAUUUAAUUUAUGUAAGAGAGUUCUAGAUGUGAACAUUUGUGCAUAAUGUGAGAGUUUUAAUGUGUUAUGUAAUUACUUUGUGCAUUUGUAUACAGCUAUCAAUCUAGGCUGUAAUUUCAUUCAA